AUGUUCUGUUAUUUGAUUUCCUGGCCAAGUCGGAGAAAGAAUUUGGUGAAGGAGGUGUGGGGCACGUCUGCUUCGUUCAUCGAGGCGGUCAGGAUUCUAGAGGGAAUAUCUGAGGUCCUCCUUUUCGACGUGGUGUCGGGCGUUAUGACUAGCCAUUUUACCGUCAAUUACGCCAAUACGUUGAGGCUUUACAACGCGGGCAAGUUUGAUGAUGGGGUUAGAUGGGGCAUGUUGUUUGAAGUUGGUGCCGAUUAUGCUGCAAUGUUGGUGCCUGUUCCUUUUCGUGCCGGGGUUGCAGAGCCGUCUUCUGUUGAUGACCUCUUUACAUCAUAUUGGGUUCAUUCGAAAUCGGACGACGACUUUUGGGAGAAUCUGGGGAGGUACAAGUUACGAGUUGAAGUGGGCGAGGGUGACAACUUAGAAGUUUUUUCAGUUCAUUUCUCUGAUCAAACGGCGGGCUUUCCCCAUAAUUACGGGCUGCAAGAGAUAGGCAGGGAUCACUACAGUUUGUGGAAGGGAGCGGUUUUGGUUUUCAGAAUUAACGCAGCAGGUCAGCCGAUGAAUUGCGCGAUUGACGACUUUAUCCAUUCCGGAUUUAUUUUGGCGCGGUUGUAG